GGCCUAGCCCCGCCGGCCCGCCUGCGCGCCCCACGCCGUUGGCGCCGGCAUGUCGGGCCCCGGACAGCCGGAGCCGCCGCAGGCGGGCGGGCCGGCGGGCCCCGAGAGCGCGGACGCGGCGCUGGGCGAGGCGGGGCUGAGUUUCACGACCACCGACCUGAGCCUUGUGGAGAUGACCGAGAUCGAGUACACGCAGCUGCAGCACAUCCUCUACUCGCACAUGGAGGCGGCGGCGGCCGACGGCGAGCUCGAGACGCGCCUCAACUCGGCCCUCCUGGCGCGGAAGGCGGGGGUCUUCGCGGCGGCCGGGGGCGCGGCGGUGGGGGGCGCGGCGGCGGGGGGCGCGCCGCCCGUGUACCCGGUCCUGUGCCCGCCUGCGCUGGCCGAUGGCGGCUUCGCGGGCACCAACCAGUGCCUGGGCCACAUCGACUUCCAGGAGCUGCGCAUGAUGCUGCUGAGCGAGGCAGGCGCGCUCCCCGCCGCCGAGAAGACGCCGGGCGCCGACGGCCCGAGCGCCGGCGCACGCCGGCCCAAGGUGCCCGACGGCGCCGGCAAGGAGAACGUGGAGGGCGCGCCCGAGGCGCGGGCCAAGUCGGCCGUGCGCGUCCGCCUGGAGGACCACUUCAACAGCAUCCCAGCCGAGCCCGCGCCAGCCCCGCGCGGCGCGGAUCCCACCGAGCCCGGCAUGGCGCUCAACAAUUUGGUAACUCUUAUUCGCCAUCCAUCCGAAUUAAUGAAUGUUCCUCUUCAUCAGCAACAAAACAAAUGUACAACAUUAGUGAAAAAUAAAACUGCUGCUGCAACUACUGCUCUGCAAUUUACAUACCCUCUGUUUACUGCAAAUAGUUGCUCUACUAGUGGAAAUUCUAAUCUUUCACAAACACAGAGUUCUAGUAACUCAUGUUCUGUACUUGAAGCUACCAAGCAUCCAAGUUUGCCUGAGCAGGUUUGGAUUAAAGUAGGAGAAGCACUAUGUAAACAAGCAAUAAGUAAGAGGAGUCGGAGUAGGGUACGUCAGUUGGACACAAACAUAGAACGAAGAGCCCUUGGAGAGCUCCAGAAUGUGGGUGAAGGCUCCACAGCAGCGCAGGGUGCUUGGCAAUCGGUGGAGUCGUCCCAGGCCACCCUCGGGGAGCAGACCCAGAGCGGGCCCCAGCGGGGCAGGUCCCAGCGCAGGGAGAGGCACAACCGCAUGGAAAGAGAUAGAAGGCGCAGAAUCCGCAUUUGUUGUGAUGAGUUGAAUCUUUUAGUCCCGUUCUGCAACGCCGAGACCGAUAAGGCAACGACUCUGCAGUGGACCACAGCGUUCCUGAAAUAUAUUCAGGAAAGACAUGGAGAUUCUCUUAAAAAGGAAUUUGAGAGUGUAUUUUGCGGUAAAACUGGCUGAAGGCUAAAGUAGACCAGACCAGACUCCUUGGUGAUGUGUCCCACACAGGAGAGUACCGAGUAGCCCAGCUAUGGAGAUCAAGUGACUGGAUGUGAACACUAAUGCCUGGGAAGUAAACGGCUGUUCCUUCGUGACCCAUAAACAUUUCCUAGGACCCUGGAACUCAGCUCUGAUAGUCUAACUCUAAAGGAACAUGAUUCAGCUGAUGGGACUCCAGUGGGGACUUUGAAAGCACAUUUUGUAAAAAUAUUUAUCUAAAACAAAAUGCUUACCGAUUAAUGUCCUCUUAGACCAUUUGGGGAGGAAGACAUCUUGACAAUUAGUAAGUAAUUUUUCAAUUAUCUGUCUGAUUCCAUCAUGUUUUCUUAACAUGAUAACUUGAAAAAUUAACAUCCUUUGUAAUUUCUUUAGUCUUAGAAGGUACAUUGCUUUUUACUUACUUUAUUUACAUUUUAAAUAAGCCCCCUUAGCAACUAGAACAAGUUAAAUUGUUCUUAACUAUAAGUAGUUUGGACAUUUUAUUUCAUUUGUUUAUCGCUUCCCCUUGUAAUGAUUUCUAGCUGCAUAGAACUGUAUUGCAAAAUGCAGUCCUAUUUUAAACCUUUCUGCUAGAAAUUUUCCAGAGAUCUCCUUUAAAGGUACUUUUGUCCAUAAAUGAAAUAUUGUCACAGUAGAUUGCUUCAAUGCCCUCAUUUUCAU